AGCGUGUACGUAGUGCGACGUGAGAAAAUUGGCAUAUUUUGUGAGAAUGGAGCCCUUGUUUCAGCUGCACUUCGAAGACAUCGAUAUUAUGCUGAUGAACGUGAAGCGGAGAUUGAUGCUGGACGACGAAUCUGUCCAGAUGAUGUGCGUCGAACGACUAUGUAACCUGUUUAAAAGUGGUGGCGCUGCGUGCUGCCAGGAGGUUCUUUCAAAGCUGAUCAAAUACGACGUUCUUUCGACAUUGUUUGAAAUUCUACACACUUCCAACGAUUGUCUUCUACCGCGUAUUCUCGAUUUUCUGAGCUUGGCAAGCGUGUAUCGUAAUUUUUACGAAUGUCACGUAGCCGCGGACGCCAUGGACUCCAUUUUGAAAGUAACAAUUUGCGUUCUAAAAUCUCGAUGCAAGGAGACGCGAGUACUGGAGAAACUAAUUAACGCGACUUACGAAAUACUGCACAGAGCUGUGAAAUUUAACAUGGAACUGGGCACAGUCUGCGCUCCGAAGCAGGUUCUGUUCCUUCUGAAAUCUUUGAUUCUGGAGGAGAAGUUGGACCAGAAAUUAAAAUUCCUCGCGGUCGCGUUGCUGAAUAUCGUUCUGCAGAAUAUAGACACGGAAGACGAGCCGGAGGAGGGUGCUUUCGAAAUUUGCCACAAAGCACUCAACUUAAUGAAAGAGAUUGUUGAGUGCAGCGACGAUGACGCCUCGAUUACGCUUGCUGCAACCGCGCUGGCUGCUGUUUGCGCUUCUGGUGCUCGGUUGUGCGCUGGGAACGGCGACGAUCGCCGAAUUUUCGACAACGUCGAGCAAAGCAGGGCGUCUUUGGCGAAGUCUAUCUACCUGGCGACGAUGAACACUCUGAUACCCUACGCUAAAAGCACGGAGCCAAACGAAACGGGCAGGCUCGAAUUCCAUCGGAGCCUGGUGACUUGUCUGAACAGCCUUUACAAGCUGAGCAACUGCAGCCGCGACGACUUGUCAAACCACUUGACCGCGAACGGAUAUCUGAAGUACUUCUUGCUUUUAACCACCAGGCUUCCAGAGAAUCUGCGUCGCAGCACGUGCGCGCUCCUGUCGCGAAUCGUGACCACUCUGAGCGAUAAAUCAUUGUCGAUUAAUCAGUGGCCCGAGGGCGCGACUGGCUUCGAGAAUUUAAUGCACAGGGGACUGCUCGACUUGCCGAGAGACUCCCAGCAGUGGAACGACGUCGUUGCCCGUCGAGGAAACAGCGCGAUCGCGCUGAUGAUGUUAAUGUAUUAUCAUUACCACGGCACUAGAGAAAGCGACAUGAUAUGCCUGAGGGCCUUGAUAACUUGGAUCGUCGGUCUGCCCAAGUCUCAGCAGAUUUCAGAGCAAAUUCUGAAGGUCCUGUGGUUUCUGUUCGCCAUCGCGUCUGUCUCCCAUCCCUCACCGAACUCGGAACAGGAUUACGGCAAGGCAGCGACGCGAUUGGCCGCCGCGUUGCAAUAUUCCAGACUGAACGACUGCUACACUCACCACAUUGAUCUCCUUCGCUAUUGUUUAACCUGCCCCGACGUUCCCAGACAUCUCAGGAACAAAGCGCUGGACUUCUGGCUGGUGGAGUCCGACGGAGACAUCAAGCCUCUGUUAACUCUAGAUCGCGACCAAGUCGUUCGACAUUAUUUAUUGCUCGCCAUACAGACCGGGUACUCGGAGAGGAUAAUUAACUUGGCGAUGAAGGGGGUCCGCGAGAUGAUACGCGUCGACAACGCCAAGGAGAUCGCUGAAAUUGCCUGGCACAUGCUCCCCAGUCUUCUUUCGUCUUAUCAGCGGGAUAAAGACGAGCAGAUCAAGGCGGUGCUAGAGUUGACGAACAUCUUCAUUCCUCACUCCCUGUCCCUGAGCGUCAGGAAUCGUUGCGCGGACAGCCUGAUGGCCAUCGUAUUAAGAAGAGAGGCUGAUGUAAAAUUGAGGACACUGGCGGUAAUGCAGUCGUACGUCUUGCUGGUCACGUCCGCGACGAGCAAACCGUUCAUGGUAAUCGAGAAGUGCAUCGGAACUCCGAAUUUCCUGGAGGAGCUGCUCGUGCAGGGAUUCUCGGAGGACGAUCCGGAAUUGUCAGCUGUUUGUUUGAAGCUGCUGGCGUUUAUUAUUCACUGCCAGGAGAAAUCGUCGAUACAGCGCGAUGAACCAUUGUCGAUCAGCGCCCAAAGCCUAGCAGAUUUACUUUUCAAUACAAGGACGUCUGUCCACUGCUCGAUCAAUGGGAUGCAACUCGCGCUGGAACUUUUGACGCAAAAUAUCGAUGGCUGCGCUGUUAAGCUGGACGAGGCUGCGAGCAGCGGUGACGGAGCCAGAGGAGUUCUCAACCUUUUCGAAACUCUUCACAUCAUACAUGGCAAAAGCAUCCCGACGCAAAGGGAUAUAGCGUGCCAGUGUCUAGAAGGUGUGCUAAUCUUCUGUCACAAGCACGUGGAGUCUUUGUUGUACGAAUUGUGCACAUCCAUGAGUAACGACGGCCUGGUGGCGAGCACCCUGAGCACGCGUUACGUUUCCUGCCACUUCCUGGAGUUCGUCUCGACCUGGCUGCGCUGCCGGAGAAAGUACUGCAACGACGAGGGACCGUGGAACGAGAGAUCUCUCUGCAAGACACCCUUCGAGGAGACUCUGGAUCGGCUUAGGAACUACGUCAAGGCCACCGAGAGCACCAGAACGGACGAUGCGUUCAACAGUCUUCGCUACGCGAUUUCUGCCAGCCUCGUCCGGCCCGACUUACGUUCCAGCAGUUAGGUCGAUCUACCACGCCAAGACGCCACACCGUGUACCCCACAUUGUAAGUGUCCGGUCGAUCUCUGGGUACAGGCCCGAUCUACCUGUCCGAUACCGUGAGUCGCGCAGUUCUGGCGAGCGAUUUCGUCGAUCACUUUCCUCGAGAAUCUUCGAAUCGGGGGUUAAUUCUGUCUCGAAAGGGGAGGUGUAGACUUAAAUUGGAAAUAGUAUAACUCCGAAAAUUGUACGAUCGAGGGUAUUUCUGGCAUCAUUUUUGAAAUUGUACGCUUAACAAAUCUGGCAUAUUUAUAUAUAUAUAUAUAUAUAGAAAUUUGAGGUCGAUCGUGCUAGAUCCGACGGAUUCUAUCGAGUCCCCAAUCUCGUCGCUCCAGCGAAUUUGAUCAGAAAUUUGUCUCCAGUCGUGUAGAAGUUACUCCAACCGCAAAGUCAGCGUCAUAUUCGGUUAGCUGAUCUCGGGGAGCAAAGCCAAUAAAUGAUCGCGGAGUUUUGCGAUAAAAUUGACCGAUAGUAAUAAAUUCUAACUUGUCAGGAAUUUAUGAAAUAUUUCUCAGAGUAACUAAAUACAACCAGCUGAACGAGAGUAUGUAUUCUCUGAUUUGAAAGUACAGACGACGAUUGUUAAUCAAAUCAUUUAAUUGCGUAAAUAUACCGAUACACUUCAGGUGUUACCUUUGAAAAAUUGAUCAGAACCUCGAGUGCCUUCCUGUCAACCAUUUGGAUAAAUCAGAAAGAAACUAUAUGUUCCAAAUAUAGAUAUAAGAAGAAUUCAUAUCGUCAGGUUUGAAACUACACGUAGUAAUUACAAUUAAAUAAUUGUAAUUCUUGAAUUAUAUAGACACGCUCGAAAAAUUGAUCAUAACAUCAAAUUUUUGUUCUGUCACCCGUUUGAACAAAUUGUAACGGAACACUCGGUAUGAAAAAUUCAACAAUAACAUUUAUCCCCGCGACGACAGUAACGUUUCGAGUAAACCGUGCUCGAUAGAGCAUGCAAACGACGUAUUUUCACUGCCGUGUCUUUAUUUCGUUGUACGCCUACGUGUUCGUGUUCGCUUCUUUCUCUUUGACGCUACCGCGAGCGGAAUGCAAAUUUCGUCUGGCGACCAAGUUUGCAGAAUUGCGCGGGAAAUUGAACUCGCGCCGAGCGCUUUGAAUAAUUCAGAAGUUUACGAGUCCCGCGAAGGAAACUGGCGUGCGUGGAGUCGCGAUAACUUAGCGAUCACUUAUUAGAAUAAUUGAACGCUGUGUCGGGGAUCAAUGCGACGACACACUCGUUAGUACCGAUACGCAAGUACCACUACGAACUAGUUCGAGGUAGCAGAAACUAGUUCAAACUAGUUUUGAAAAAAUUAGGAAAAUUUUGUCAGCAAGAACUAAAUAGAAAGAAAAUAAAUUCAUCUUCCUUAAAACAUAUCAUAAAUAAAAAUAUCGCAACAUCUACGGGUACAUAACUUCCGUCGCGUAGCGAUUGCUAAAUAGACAAGCACUCGAAUAAAUUGCCAUCGAUAGCCACCGGUUAGGUGUACUUGGCACCCGGUAUUAUCGAGAUCUCGAUACCGAUCCAGCUUAUCUCCUAUCAGAGAUGUGGAUCGUCGCCGUAAUUCUUCUGGAUCCAACCUCUGGAUAGGCGUUCGGUUGUUUUAAGUUAUCUUUGCGAAUCAUUACAGAAUUUUAUAAAUCAGAUUGCAGUUCUUAUCGAUA